AAGAGAGGAAACAAAUCAGUGAGAGAGAGAUAGAAAGUGUAAGUGAGCUGGAGAGAGAAACGUUUAAGGGUGUUUAAAAUCAAGAAUUAGACAAUAGAGGGUUGUGUCAUCAACAGGUCAGUGGACUCACUGGAAGGAUUAUGUCCAAACCUUCGUCCAACGUCAGAGCCCUUCAGGCUAAUUUGAACAUCCCGAUGGGAGGUCUGCGUCCAGGGGCGGGACAUCCUGUCAAGAGGAGAGAGGAGACAGUUGACACAGAGGAGGCUCAUUCCCCAGAGCAGACCAGCGUCGCAGCCCAGACGCCAGAGGAGAAGAAGGCGUUGCCUGGUGCGGUGAAGCUGCCCGGGCCUGCGGUGAACCUAUCAGAGCUGCAGAACGUCAAGAGCGAACUACGAUGGGUCACCAAGGAUUAACACGAUCCCCCGGCCAGCCCAGGCGAAGGGGAGAGCUGAUAAUCUUCAUAGACACAGACUUGCCCACUGCUACAGAAGGCUAACAAACUACAAGCUAAUCCCAACAUGUUCAGAGACACAAACAGCUCUCUGCGGAACCAGCGUCUGCAGAAAAUCUCCGACAUUUAACUUCUACUACCAUCGAGAAGCCGGCAUCCAUGAUGAACUCUCUUUCAACGAGUACGUCCAGCAGUUUGAAAAGUGUUGGAUGAUGCUGUUCUUUCAUAAUUUAAUCAAUUAAAAAGUGUUGUAAAGAUGAAGAACGUGUUCUUGCUGCCGCUGAGAACUCUCUUUACGUUCAGUUGUAGUGCAAACAAAAGCAAUUCUUUUAUCUUAACUCUGGGUCAUUUGGUGACGAUCAACAUGAUGGACUGUGCUUCCUCUUCUAUCACAGUCUUUUCCACUCUGUCAAAACUCUGGAGUGCAGGACUUUAACAUAUAAAUGAACAUUCAAGCCCUCGUGAAACAGGGUCACACAAAACAUCUCUCAGCACCACAGGCGUUUUAAACCUGGCGUCCGUGGCAACAUUUGUGCAGCGUGCGAUUGUCGUCAUGCAUUUUACAUCUACAAGCAAUUCACUAGAAACAACAAGAGCGAUGGAGCAAGCAUCUAGCAGCAUGGCGGAGUCUAUGGCAAAAAAAGAAACGUCCAGAUUAAAGAAGUAAAUUGGCUUUAGGAGGAAGGAUUUUACAUUUCAUAUCAUUUCUUAAUGUUGUUCACAUGUUGCAGCGUUUCAGAUGAGUUGUGUGUGAAACUAUGAGGUUAAUGUUGUUGUUUCAUGGUUAUGAUGAUGAUAUCUUCAGGAAAAUAUGGCAA